CUUAUAUAUGCCUUCAUUGAAUUUUCCAUGGUUGAAUCUGUACCUACUGCUCUGCAGUAUAAUGGAGUUUUAUUUGGAAAUCGUUCUCUUAAAGUAACUCAUGCAAAGAGCCCUGUUGUGAAGCCCGAGAGUGAACGGAUUGCAACAGGUAGAUCUACAAUAAGAACUAUGCGUGAUGUUGUAAAACGCCCCACUUUCGACCGUGAAACAAGAUCAAGUUUAUUUGAUGUUAAGUCGAUUCCAAACGACUCCACUGGUAAUUAUAGAUCGCCUACAAGAAGACGCAGUCGAUCCCGAACCCGACGAUCCAGAUCUCGGUCCCGUUCUAGACGUCGCAAGUCAAGGUCUAGAUCUCCAAAGCGUAGAAGGUCCCGUACUAGAUCUCCAGUGCGGCGAAGAAGAAGCUAUUCAAGUGCAGCUUUGGACAAAACAAAAACAGGAUCACCAAGACGCAGUAGUAGACGAAGUCGCAGUCCAUCUCGUUCAAGUGCGGCUUUGGACAAAACAAAGGCUGGAUCUCCCAGACGAAGCAGUAGACGAAGUCGAAGUAGAUCCCGCUCAAGGUCUCCAAAACGUCGAAAAUCAAGAUCUCGUUCCAGAGAUCGACGCAAAAGACGAAAGUCUGUUUCCAAAUCUUCAUCGCGGUCUCCUAGAAGACGAUCCAGAAAAAAAUCAAAAUCAAGAUCUCGUUCUCCUGCAAGAAGAAAAUCCCGGAAAUCAACUUCCAAGUCUCCUGAUAGAUCAUCCUCCAAGAAAAAAAAGAAAGAGAAAGAUCGAGAAAAAGAGAAAAAGGAAGGGAAAAGCAAGAAAAAAGAGGAAGGAGAAGUCAAAGAAAAAAAUAAAGACAAGGAAGCAGAGGCUGAUGACCAAGAGCUAAACAGCCUACUCACAAAAAUCUACACGUUUGAAGAAGAGAAAAAGAGCGAAGCGAAAAAGUCGAAAGAUAAAGAAUCAAGUGACGAAUCAUCACAAAAGUUAAAGAAAAAAGAAAGUUCGUGAAUACUUUACACGAACUCGUGUACUGUGUGUAAAAUAUAAACGUAGUUCUUACAUUGUAUCGUGAUAUUUCAAAUAAUUUACACAAAAGAAAGUUCGUGAAUACUUUACACGAACUCGUGUUCUGUGUGUAAAAUAUAAACGUAGU